AUGCUGCCCCUCACCAUCUGGGUCACACUCGCUUUCGCCGCUGCCGCCGCCGCGGUUCCGUCGCGCGACGGCGCGCACAAGCUCAGAGAGCGCGUCGUGCCCCCGCGCGGAUGGACGAAGCGUGCUCCCGCACCUGCGGACCACACCAUCGAGCUCCGCAUCGCGCUCCCACAGAACGACUUCCCGUCGCUCGAGCGCCAUUUGUACGAAGUGAGCGAUCCGUACCACGAGCGGUACGGGCAGCACCUAUCCAAAGAGGAGGUCGAGGCGCUCGUCGCGCCGCACGGCGAGAGCGUGCACCGUGUCAAUGAGUGGCUCGCGUCGCACGGGCUCGUCGAAGACGCGCUCGACCGCUCGCCCGCGAAGGACUGGGUCAUGGUCAAAGUGCCGGUGAGCCUGGCAGAGGAGAUGCUGAAGACGGAGUACCACGUCUGGACGCACGACGCGUCCGGGGACGCCGUCAUCCGCACGACCUCCUACAGCCUCCCGGAGUGGCUCGACGGCCACGUCGAGCUGGUGCAGCCCACGACCGCGUUCUCGCGCAUGCACGCCCUUCGCACGACCUUCCGCUUUGACUCCACCUCUUCGGCUGCCCCCAAGCUCGCCUCCGAUGCGCCGCCGAUCAGCGUGCCGUCCGCGUCGGGCGGGCACGUCGACGCGAGCUGCAACAAGACGAUCACGAUCACGUGCAUCCAGCAGCUUUAUAACGCCGUCGGCUUCGCCCCGAGCGCGAAGAACGGGAACCAGAUCGGGAUCACGGGCUACCUCGAGCAGUUCGCGAACGAGGCGGACCUGCAGACGUUCUUCGCCGAGCAGCGCCCGGACGCCGUGGGCUCCUCGUUCAAGACGGUGCUCGUCAACGGCGGGGUGAACAACCAGACCCUGGACGAGGCUGGAGCGGAGGCGAACCUGGACACGCAGUUCGCGUACGGGCUCACUUUCCCCACCCCGGCGACGUUCUGGUCCACGGGUGGCAGCCCGCCGUUCAAGCCGGAUGUACUCACGCCCGACAACAGCAAUGAGCCGUACCUGGAUUGGCUGGCGUUCGUGCACAAACAAAAGCACAUCCCCCAGACGAUAUCCACCAGCUACGCCGAUGAUGAGCAGACCGUGCCCCCAAGCUUCGCCAAGCGCGUGUGCAACGAGUUCGCGCAGCUCGGCGCGCGUGGGGUGUCGCUCAUGUUCAGCUCCGGGGAUGGCGGUGUUGGGGACGGUGAGGAGGACCCUGCGCUGCAGGAGUGCUUCACGAACGACGGCCGGAACGCGACGCGCUUUGUGCCUCUCUUCCCACCCUCGUGCCCCUUCGUGACGGGCGUCGGCGGCACGAUUCACGUCCCCGAGACGGCGGUAUUCUUCUCUGGGGGCGGCUUCAGCGACCUCUUCCCGCGCCCGGCCUAUCAGGAAGCCGCGGUGACCAAGUUCCUCGACACCCUCGCGCCCGGCACCUACGCCGGCCUCUUCAACCCCCACGGCCGCGCGAUCCCGGACGUCGCCGCACAAGCCGACCUCUUCCGCAUCUUCCUCUCGGGCCGGGCUGUCUCUAUCGGCGGCACCUCCGCCGCCGCGCCGACGUUCGCCGGGAUCGUCUCCCUGCUCAACUCCGCGCGGCUCUCCGCGGGCCGCCCGCCGCUCGGGUUCCUGAACCCGCUCGUGUACGCGCUCCGCGGCACGCCCGCGUUCAACGACAUCGCGACGGGGAACAACCCCGGGUGCGGCACCCCGGGCUUCAACGCCACGAAGGGCUGGGACCCGGUCACGGGCGUGGGCACCCCUAACUUUGGGAAGCUCAAGGAGGUCGUGUUGGGCGAUCUGGUGCUGUGA